AUGGGAAUACCAAAUCUCAACAUCGACGGGCUUAGGGUGCUGUUCCCGUACGAUGCUAUCUACCCAGAACAGGUACAAUACAUGCACUAUUUAAAACAAGCACUGGAUGCAUCACAUGGACAAGGCCUCAUCGAAAUGCCUACUGGUACGGGGAAAACAGUUACUAUUAUGAGCCUUAUUACGAGCUAUCAACUCUCACAUCCACAGAUGGGCAAGUUGGUGUACUGUACGCGGACUGUACCAGAGAUGAACCAAGCCAUUCGAGAGCUGAAGUUGGUGAUAGAAUACCGAGAGCGUGUCCUCGCAAGUGAAAAGCCUGAUGAGGCGCCUCAGAAAUUUCUGGGUAUCGGUUUAUCCGCGCGUCGUAAUAUGUGCAUCCACCCCGACGUGGCAAACCAAGCUGAUCGCGAUAAAAUUGAUAUAAAGUGCAGGGAAAUGACGAGUAAUUUCUUGAAUAAAAAAAGUAAUCGCUUUUCUCAGCUGAGCUCAGGAGUUUCCAAAGCUAACUCGGGUAGAAAUGUACAGAAACCAAUAGAAAUUUCCCAAAAGUUUUCGCAGAAUUUUCUCACAUGCCGUUGUUCCUUUUUUGAGCAGUACGACGAGUUGAUCGGAGGUGUUGGUAAGCGCUAUAAUAAUGACAGUGAAUCGGCAUCAAACGAGGAGAAAAAGAAGUUUGCGAUUCCUAGUGGAGUGUAUACGUUGGAGGAUCUAAGGGUAGCUGGAGGAGCUGAAGGCUGGUGUCCUUAUUACAUGAGCAAACGCCUCCUACGCCAUGCUGAUGUGAUUGUAUUUAAUUAUCAAUACGUGUUGGACCCGAGAGUGUCGGCGUCGGCGUUGAUUGCUGGAGAGGCUUCUGGUAGAGGCGUGAUGACUCAUGGUGCACUUGCUAAGGAGGGGGAGGAGAGACCGGCUGCGUUGGGUGUUGAUAAUAAUGAUGAUGAUCAGCAGUUUGAACCCGCGGUUGUGAUUUUCGACGAGGCGCAUAAUAUCGAUGAUAUUUGUAUGGAUGCUUUGACGGUUACAGUUGAUAGAAAAACGAUCGAUCGGGCGAGUAGCAAUGUGAAGCGGCUACAGCAUGAGGUUACCCAGUUAAAAAAAGUUGACGAAGCCCGAUUGAAGGCUGAGGUCGAGAACUUAAUGCGCGGGUUGGCACCAGCGUCGGGGAUGUCUGAGGAGGAUGAGUCAAUCAGUGCACUGCGGUUUGGUCCCAAUGAGCUGAAGAAAGCUGUCUCUGGCGUUUCACAUUUGGUGAUUCCUGGCAAUGUUCGUCAAGCUGAACAUUUUUUGGGAGUACUUCAGCAAGUUUGUGCAUUCCUGAGAGCGUAUAUCAGAGUUGACAAGGCUCGAGCAGAAGGUCCGCUUAUGUUCUUACACGAGCUGGAAUCGCAGCAGUUUAUAGAAGCUCGAACGAUGAAGGCUUUUGAUGCCCGUUUGAGGAGUCUUAUGAAUACACUGAAGAUUACUGAUAUAGACGAGUUCUCACCGUUGACGAAGAUAUGUGAUCUGUGUACACUGGCGUCGUUGCAUUCGAAGGGCUUUGCUGUUCUUACAGACCCUUGUCCCGAAGCUGAGGUUUCACAACCCGUUUUACGUGAAGUGGCGCAGUACUUGGUGAAAAACGUGAAAUUUGCGAUAUGCAGUAGACGUGAAAUAUGUUUUUCACUAGUGCUCACAUCUGGUACGCUAUCGCCUCUUUCGAUGUACUCAAAGUUGUUGGGCCUUGACAGAGUUGUUGUGAGUGAGGCUUUGGACAUCUCUCUGGAAAGGGAUUGUAUUCGGCCGUUGAUCGUCACCAGGAGUAAUGAUGUCGUCCUUAGCAGUAGUUUUCAGUCGCGAAAGGACGAGGAAGUGUCGAAGUGUUAUGGUACUUUACUGGAAGAACUUGUUCAAGUAGUUCCAGAUGGUGUGGUAUGCUUUUUCACAUCAAAGGUCUUCAUGCAACAGGUGGUUCGAACUUGGUACGAUUCUGGUACGCUAGCACGACUAAGUACACAUAAAGUGGUGUUCUUCGAAACUGAUGAUGUUGUAUCUACUACUAUUGCACUGAGCAACUAUCGCGAGGCCUGCGACCAAGGGCGUGGGGGACUAUUCCUUGCUGUAGCAAGAGGAAAGGUUAGUGAAGGAAUUGAUUUCGAUCGUCAUUACGGACGAGCAGUUGUUUUGUUUGGUGUCCCGUUCCAGUAUUCACUAUCUCGACGUCUGCGAGCGCGGUUGGCGUACAUCCGCGAUACUCAUGGAAUUUCAGAAGGAGAGUUCCUCACGUUUGACGCCAUGCGAGCUGCUGCGCAGUGUGUUGGAAGAGUGCUGAGGAGUAAGCAAGAUUAUGGUUUGAUGGUAUUAGCUGAUGCACGGUAUGCAAGAGCGGAUAAAAGGAAGAAGUUGCCGCCGUGGAUUGGAAAAUUCCUUAUACCAGCUUUCUCUAAUUUGACUGUUGAUAUGGCGGUUAGCUCAGCAAAGGAGUUCCUAUUGUCGAUGUCACAGCCAAUGAAGCAUCAAGCUGGGCUUAAAGGUGAUGGAGAGCCAACACGCUUAGUAGGAGCAGAGGAAGCUGAGCAGUGGUAUCUGCGAGAGCGAGGGAAGCGUGGUCUACCUGCUGACCAGGAGGGUGCUCCUGAUCCCCAACAUAUGCGGUUUACAGAUCCAUCGUUAACUGUCACCACUUGA